AUGACGCCUCGCGCCAUCGAGAACAACAUGGCGAUCAUUUACGAACGACUAGCAUCCUUCGGCGCCACCGUGCAGCAACAUACGGAUACCUUUGAGACAGUGCAAAAACACCUCACAUCACAGCAAACAGUCAUGGCCGACAUCCUUGUCAAGCUGGCCAAACUAGACAAACCAACACCGACACCACCACUGCUUCCACUACCCCCAUCGGCUGCGAUGGUGACUAUUCCACCGAUGACUGACACAUCUACAAGGCCUCCUCUAACCGGUACUAUAACAACCGUUCGACUCCCAAAGUUGGAAAUACCACUCUUCUCUGGUGAUGAUGUUCUCAAUUGGUUACUCCAAAUAGAGCUCUUUUUCUCGUAUCACCAAGUUCCAGUUGACCAAAAGUUAAUUAUUGCAGUGUUUUACAUGACCGGCCCAGCACUCCAAUGGUAUCAUUGGUUACAGAAUACGGCUCAGCUGUCUACUUGGGAGGCAUUUUCUCGUCAAGCCGAACUCUGGUUCGGUCCAUCGACCUUCAUCAACCAUGAAGCACAACUUUAUAAGCUUAAACAAAAAUCAACAAUAACCAGCUACCUAACUGAAUUUGAAAGCCUUUCCACACGAGUCACAGGCUUGAGUCAAAGCAACCUUCUAAACUGCUUCUUAUCUGGCCUCCGUGACGACAUUCAGUGCGAGCUAUAUCUCUUGAAGCCCCAAGACCUACAUGAUGCGAUGGGCAUGGCUCGCCUUGUUGAAGACAAAUAUGAAGAGAAUGUUCUUCCCAUCGAGAACGACCACGUUUCAGCUGCUCCUGAGGAAAAUCAACCGCUAGAACAUAUCGAAGCAAUGGGUGAAAAAACUCCUUGCAUUUCCUACCAUGCUCUCACGGGUCACAUUGUUCCCUCAACGAUGAAGUUAGCCGGCACUAUCAACGGUCGACCAGUGGUGGUAUUGAUAGAUGGUGGUUCCACUAAUAACUUCAUCCAGACAAAGUUGGCUGAGCAUUUGAAUCUACCAGUUCAACCAUUACCACAUCUCCGAGUUACAGUAGGUAACGGUGACUCUCUCAAUUGUGCAGGAACUUGUUUGCAAGUACCAUUACGACUCGAUGACGCCACCUUCAACGUUGACCUCAUGCUUUUGCCCAUAUAUGGUGCUGAUCUAGUAUUGGGAGUCCAAUGGAUGGCCAGCUUGGGACCCAUUAUCUUUGACUAUAAUAAUUUAUGGAUGGAGUUCACCAUGGGGGACACACGCAUUCAAUUUCAAGGUGUCCGUCAACCAGCCUUCAACUACAUCACCACUUCUGGAUUGAUGAAACAAAACCCAUUGGGGGACCCUAUUCAGUACUUCCACUUAGUCAUGGAGACUCACCCCCUACAACCGACGCCUAACAUCAGCCCUGAUGUGCCGCUACCCAUCGCCACAGCACUGCAAGGUCUUCUACACCAAUUUGCCACUGUUUUUUCAACUCCAACAGGCUUACCACCACCUCGGGAAACCGAUCACCGGAUUCCACUGCUGCCAAAUGCCCGUCUAGUGAACGUGUGUCCCUACCGUUAUCCUCAUUUUCAGAAGGCCGAGAUCGAGAAGCUAGUGGGUGAGAUGCUUGCAGACGGCGUCAUUCGACCGAGCAUGAGUCCGUACUCAUCGCCGGUCCUCCUCAUCAAGAAGAAGGAUGGCUCAUGGCGGUUCUGUGUCAAUUACCGGGUACUUAAUGCUAUCACUGUUCGUGACCGUUUCCCAAUACCAACGAUGGACGAGUUAUUCGACGAGCUCGCUGGUGCAACCAUCUUCUCCAAACUUGAUCUACGAGCAGGGUACCACCAGAUUCGGAUUCAUCCACCGGAUAUCGACAAAACGGCAUUUCGCACUCAUGAUGGACAUUUUGAAUUCAUUGUGAUGCCGUUUGGAUUAUCCAAUGCUCCAUCAACAUUUCAGGCUUUGAUGAAUGCCAUCUUCCGGGAGCUUCUCUACUUGGGCCACCGUAUCUCGGGUCAAGGAAUCUCUGUGGAUAAGGACAAGAUUGCCGUCAUCCGUGAAUGGCCUGUACCGUCCUCUAUAAAAGCUCUUCGCGUGUUCUUGGGCCUCGCCGGAUAUUAUCGACGCUUCGUCCCACACUAUUCUACUCUCACAGCACCUCUUACUUCUUUGCUUCGCAAAUAUGCAUUCGUUUGGACCUCUGAAGCAACUUCGGCUUUUCAACAAGCCAGAGAUGACCCUUUGCUUCAACAAGCUCCAUUACCAGAUGUCUUUGUGGGGCAGUCCACACCACAGGCCUUAGUUCAGUGGGAGAACCAAUCGGCGUCUGAUGCUACAUGGGAAGAUCUGCGCUCCUUACGGCAGGAAUUUCCUCAUCUACACCUUGAGGACAAGGUGGUUCUUGUAGGGCAGGCGAAUGAUGCACAAACACCUGACAAAAGUGCGCCAACGUCAAGCCUCGUGACUGCAAACUCAUGUGGCACAGUAGCGCCAAUGGAGCGUGAUCAGCGUUCGAGGCAGAGACCACACAAGUUCCAUGACUUUAUAAUGGACUGA